GGGAGUAGUUGUUAGGAUUAAAGAGCUGUACUUAAAUGUGGUGGUACCAAACAAAAGCGAAAAGGUAAGCGAAUAUCCCAGACUGAAAUGGACGGGAAGCAAAUUAAUCUCACCACCGCACUGUACUUUCAAUUUCCUGGAAUGAUGGGUGGCGUGGAUAUUGUAAGCCUUGCAUACUCCGUGACAGUGACGGCAGGGGGUUUAUUGGGAUAUGUCAAAGCAGGAAGUGUACCCUCUCUGAUGGCAGGGCUGGCGUUUGGGAGUCUGAUGGGCUACGGAACGUAUCAGACCUCGUUGGAUCCACAGAAUGUCAACUUGUCACUAGCGACAAGUGGGGUGCUAGCUGGUGUGAUGGGGUACAGAUUUUACAACUCUGGGAAGUUCAUGCCAGCAGGACUAGUGGCCACACUCAGUGUAUUGAUGGUUGCCAGAUUUGGAUAUAGGCUUGCCAUGAGAAGUUGAUUCAUCACUCAAUCAUUCCCAUUAAUGAUCGACAAAAAUACAUUUGUUUGCCAUGCUUCUUUUGUGAACAGCUAAAAGCAAUUAAAAUUCUAUUUGUAUGAAAGUA